CUUAGUUAUCCAUUUUACACCUUUAAAAUAAAAUUGCAAUUUCUCUGCAGGCACUAGGCAUAAAAAAAAAACAUAUGACGCAACCGACAGUUAGAAUCAAAUGCCGAGGAAACACUGGUACUGGGAGAAACCCUUUUUUCCCUUUUUUUUUUUAAUUAUUUUUUUAAAAAGGGGUAAGUAAUCCCACGUAAUGAAUUUGACCACUCUUGCUCGUGGAAGCAUAAGCCAUUCGCACGUAAGUAGCAUGUAAGGCAACAACUGCCACGCUGCACGGGCUAUGCCUCCAAAACUCGCCCGCUCCCAAAGCUUCAACUGGCCCCAUGAAAUGGACAGUGUAUAACAAAACAACCUUCAUCAAAGGGAAAAAUGCAAAACAAAAUGAAUUGCAAUAUCUAUUGUUUUUGCUCCACGGAAGUCAUGUAUGGGCCCGUAAUGAAUCUUAGCCAUGCUUCUGGAUAGGAAAAAAAUAACCAAAAAAGAAAAGAAAAACCUUAACCAUGGCCUUUAAUAGGCGAGCUCAAAUAUCUUGUUCUUUCUCUUUGCCAGUUCAUAUGAACAGAGAUUAGUCUGCUGCGUUGGCUUUGAAUAGAAGAAUAGAAUGAUCAGACUGAAUUUGUACUGCUCUCUUAUUCCUAGUGCAAGACAUAACAAGCUUGGGCGCAGCUAUGGUUCAAGCUUACCCAAGUACCAUAGAACACAAAAGCCUUCUUGGCUGCUUUCAGUAAGGGCUUUGAGAGAUGAGACAGAUGGAGGUACAAGCCACUCCCAAGGCCAAAGUUGGGACCCUGGCUUGGAAAUUGAGGUCCCCUUUGAACAAAGACCGGUGAAUGAGUACUCAUCUCUGAAGGAUGGAGUUUUGUACUCAUGGGGCGAACUGGGACCAGGCCCCCUUUUCCUUCGUGUAGGAGGGUUAUGGUUAGUAACUUUCACUGUUCUUGGAGUUCCAAUAGCUGCUGCAAGCUUUGAUCCUUCAAGAGUAAGUCUGAAAUAAUAACAAUAUGCUGUAAUAUGCACAACAGGGAUAAUUAUAAGCUCAGGUGCUAUCAUCAUAUAUCUAAAACAAUAAUUCAAAUGACAAGAAAUUCUCCAUUAGUGAUAAAUGCUAACUGCAGAGUGGAUCCUGCUUGGCAAGAAGUUGUCCUCAACCACUAGACCAAUGCCUCAUUGACAAAAAUUUGGCUAAAUGUUAAGUUGAAUCCUGCUCAACAAGACUGUCCACACCAUUUUCUCCAAAAACAACUCAAAAAUUUAGUUCAAGCAUAGGAGAGUACAGAAAUAUUUCAUUCCACAUAAUAUUGUACUUGCACACAAUGAUUUCAUGUUAUCUUUGUGACUCAUUCUCAUCUUGCAGGAACCUUUAAGAUUCAUACUAGCUGCUGGAACAGGAACUCUUUUCUUCGUGUCUUUGAUUCUUUUAAGAAUUUAUCUGGUAUGACUACCUUUUUAUAGUUACCAAUUCUUAAUCUUGGAGUGCGUAAAGUGUAUUUAUGCUGACUACAGACAAAAUCAUUCUCGUAGAAUGGUUACAUAAACCUCCAAAAGUUUCCAUGCCAGUUUCAUGAUUAAAUUACUUAUACACUUUUCAAAUUCCAGGGUUGGAGUUAUGUUGGUGACAGACUUCUAUCAGCUGUGGUACCAUAUGAAGAAAGUGGAUGGUAUGAUGGUCAGAUGUGGGUAAAGCCACCUGAGGUUAGUACAUACUCUGUUUCCUUUUCUAUCUUUCUAGACCAGAAUAAAAACAGAUGAGUGAC